UUCAUCCCACGCAAAACCUAGCAACACCAACCCUUUCAACAAAACAAAAAUGGCUCCUCAGAAUCAUUUCAUUGCAUUUUUAACAAUCUUCUUGUCGGUCUAUCUCCUUUCUCCCUCGCCAUCAAUGGUAGCAGCUUCUCCAGCAUUAGAGAAAAAGGUAUGCAACGGCGACUCAAUCUUGAACCGAGAUUUCUGUUUGAAAACUCUUUCCAAUCCCCAAGCUGCAGCUGCAAAGAACCUGAACCAGCUUGCAGAUGCUGUCAUGAAAUUGGCAGCAUCAAAUGCUCAAACUACGCUCAAUGUAAUCACCGGAAUGACUAAGAAGCCAUCUUCACCAGGAUGCCUGCAAGCUCUCAAAACUUGCGAGGAUGUCUAUAGAUAUGCCAUUAGAUCAUUUGGAAUGAUAUCUGCGGAGCUGAGUGAAGAUGCUAUGAGCGCAAACUAUGAUGUUAGCGUUAUUGGCCCUGAAGCUGAUAGAUGUGUCAACGCAUUGGCUGCUGCCAAGGUUCAAGCCCCCCAAGUUUCCGAUGGAAAUAAAUUUUUGCAGUAUUAUUCUUCUCUGGGAUCUCAAAUAACAUCGUUUGUGAACUAAGGGGUGAGCCAAAAUAAAAACAGAAUAAAGGAAAAAAAAAAAAAGAGAGAGUAAUGUGUGGGUGUAUUGUUUUGUUUUGAAUUAGCAGAAAUGAAAGGGUGUCAUUAUUGUUGUUGCUUUGGUUUAUAUUGCAAAUUGUAAUCUUGAGAAAGAGAGUAUUUUGCAUGAGCUUAAUUUUUA